AUGAAUCAUACAAGACGUAUGGUUCUCGUUCCUGAGAACACUCUGGAGCGAUUGCAGCAACGCCAGCAGAUAUUAACACCACCUGUAACACAAACUCUGAAAAAUCUGGAUAGCCAAAUGGGGGAUAUUUUAGAAAAUAAACAGCUUGAUGAUGAGGAAAAGGCGAAGCUUUACAAUCAGGUGUUGCAACGGUACUUGACUUAUUACGAUCAGCGGAAAGGCCAGCCUCUCCAUGUGAAGUUAAUGACCGCUAAAACAACAGAAACCCCCAAACCAGUUGAGAACGCAGAAUCUACAGAGGAAGCUUCUCCAGAUAAUUCUCUUCCAACGGCAGUAGAGGAAGAGGUCAUGAAAAGUGUACCGAAAAUUUACAAAGCUGAGGCUAGACAGUUGUUGGAUAAAAUUAAAAAACACCAGGAUGUCUUGCAUUGGAAUGAUAAAGGAGAGCUGUUGUAUGAAAACAAACCAAUCCCAGGUUCUCAUGUGGUCGACCUAGUCAACGACACAUUGCGUCACCGAAACAUUACAGAAACGCGCCCAUUGAAAAACGUCGCCCUUGAAAAGUGGGGUACCCAUUAGGCUUUGCGAGCAAAAACGAAGUUUCAAAGACUACCGUCGUUUUCGGUCUCUUAUGAACUUCAUAGCGGUUAACUAUUCACACUUUCAAGAGACAAUGCAGAAACAAUAGAAGUAGGUUGCCAUUAUUUUAAGUGUUGGAAUGUCUUUGUCAUUGCUACAAAGAAGGAAAUGUUUUAAUAUGCAAAGAGAAGCAUUUUUCUUCCUCGUGCACUAACAUAAAACCCUCGCGAAUUGUGUAGUCUCGUGCGAAUCGUUUUGAUGGCAAAACAGUUAAAGGUAAUCCGAAACCAAAGUAUUCUUCAUUUAAAAACUCAUCUUCACGAAAAUCACUCGAUAAGAUUGAAUAAAAACGUUUGCAGCGUUUAUAAAUAUUAUUAUCAGAAGCGGCAUUGUAGUUGUUUUCAAGAGACGGAUUAGAUCGCUGUUUAGGUUUGGCCGUUAAAUAUGUAGUAAUAGCGUUCUUAAAGAAAGUAUCGCUCUUAAUUUUGCCUUAUACUUUGCUAAAAUCAAUAUCUUAAGUGAAGAAUUUAAGUGAGAGUGCUUUUUUCGUCGAAUUUGCCCGUCAAUUUGAAGGUUUAUAAUAUUAUCCAAAACCCGUGACAAAAAGUAAACCUGAACUAUUAACGCAUCGGUUGCGCUCAUAUUUCAUCGAUCAAUUCCAACACCAAGAAGUUUGUAAAAGGUAGAAAUUCAUUUUAAGUCAGUUCAUUGAAUUAUUUACGGCAAAAUCAACAACAAUCAUCGAGGAUUUUUCAAUUUUGAAGCGUUUAACAGCAAAAAGUCACAUGCUAAUUCAGAGUAAAUUUAGACAGUUUUUAAACAGACUGAGCUAUUGUUAGUCGCGUGAAGUUCUAUUCUUUAUCGAAGAAUAGGCAAAUUUUGCGGAUGUCUGAGCAGGAACAAUAACCAGGAAAGGGAUGUACCCUGGGGAUUUCUUGAUUGACACUAAAUUAAGUCAUUUUUCACUUAUUUGCAUUUUCACGAUCGACGUUUUUGAAUGGGCGCGUUUCUGUAAUGAAGGAUUUGAACCAGUGGGGUGGUCCGUGUUUGCGAGGGGCCUAGCGCGAAUGAAUGUCCCCGAAAACUUGGUUCGUAAUCCCCAACGUCAGAGUGCCAUAACAGAGUUUAAAGCAAGAGUGAGAGAGGAGACCCCAGAAAGUCCUUCGCGUUGGCUACCCACCCCACCUGUGACGUUAUCUUCUGUCAAAAAGCAGAGGCGAGGAGUCGAGAGUCCUCGCCCUCAGGCUGUUCGAUGGUUACGAUUAUAA